AUGGCAAGUUUCAAAUUAGAUAUACCCGUAGACUUAUCUGAGAAAACAACAGAUAAAUUAGAUCUUUCUAAAAAAAUUAUUCAUUUAAUUUCAGGCGCUACUGGCAUCUUGACAAUCUGUAUUGUUGCCCCACUUAUUACUAUCGAAGUCCGCUAUUUGGGCGCAGGUAAAGCAGGUCCUAAUUACACAUUGUUUGUUGCAUUAUUUACUAUUGCUACCCCUUUCUUCUUGGUCUAUUUCCCUUUUAUGUAUGAACGUUAUAAUAAGUUUAAACGACUUGGCAAGUUUAUGAUGAAAAACCGUACCAACUUGAUCUUUUGUGGAUUUGAUAGCUUUUUAUGGGCUACUGCAGGAAUUGCAAUUACUGUUCAUGCUAAUAAUGAUGCCAAUUGUGCAUAUGAUGCAGAAUUAACAGAUACAUAUGGAUCAUCUUAUACGAGUGCAUGGUCAACACAAUGUAAUUUAGCAAAAACUACAGCGGCAUUUACUUGGAUCACCUGUAUUUUAUGGUUAGUGACACUAUGUCUAACAGGCAUUAACUUUUGGAAAGAAAAAUCAAUCAUUCAACAAAGAUUAAAUGAACAUCGAUUAAAUAAACAACAAAAGUUUGAAGAGCAACAAAAGCAGGAGGAAGAAGAAGAUGAAAGUAAUUAUCGAUAUGAGGUUAAUGCUGGAGAACAUGAAGACAAAUCACCUUUUAUUGAUCCACAUCAGCCACAAUCAACGUUACCUUUUGUAGACCCUAAUAGUCAAUAUAAUAUGCAACAACAAAGUACAGUAGCUUAUGAUCCAUACUAUGGACAGUCUCAACCACAGCCUAAUUUUACAACACCUGGACAAUAUGCUAAUGAACCACAUGUAUUCUCACCUAUGCCACAACCAGAACCAUCCUAUUAUAAUAAUAAUAAUAAUCAUUACUAA